AUGCGCUCGGCUAUCAGCGUUAUCCUGUCGAGUCCGGUGCCCGACAACAAGAUGUCCCAUCCCGAUUACGAGCAGACCGCCCACGAUCACGCCGCCCUGCUGCUACUGCUGAGGCCAGUUGGCACGCAGAUCAAACCGAAGACGGUCAGUAGAUUAUGUGAACGAAUCGUCAAGGCUGGCAGCAGGUUUUCCGUAUCCGAUUCCAGCGGCGGCACCCGAGAGAUCCUCGCCCGAUUCAUCAGGGAACAUCCCGUGGAAAACAAUGACUGGGGAGACUUUCAGACACAUAGGAGACUCCUAGGUUUGAUCACAUUUGGCAAGUAUGACAAUCAGACGGAGCUGAAUGAGUUAUGCAGAUUACACGAAACUCUGAAGGUGAAGUAUAGCAGUACCCUGUAUGAUUCACGAGCCAUCCUCUUUGGUCCCCUUGAAUCAAAUGGCCGUCAUGAGCCACCACCAGGCUACACUACGCCCAGCAACUUCAAAACGCGGGCAAUAUUCUAUGCGGACGAAGCAUGUCCUGAUCUCGAGACGCAAACAGCUGAAUAUCUCAAUUUUCUAUUCUGGAUUCUGGAAUCAAAAAGAUUAGAGCGAUCCAGAGAGAAGAUAGAUCGUGUCUCUCUUCUGUUAGCUCCAUUUGAAAAGAAAGAUUUUAUUGGGCUAGACCUCGAAUCCAGAAAUAAUAAAAAAAGAUGUGUGGGCCGUAUGACAAAGCAUUUGGGAGAUCUUUGUCUUCAAGCUGGACUUCCAGCUGAUGCCCUGAAUAAUUAUAAUUCUGCAGCCAACAUUCUGCAGGCUGUCAAUGACUGGCUGUGGCUGGGAGCGGCAUACGAAGGUCUCUGUGCUGCUUCGGUCUUAGUUCUUUAUCCUAAUAUGUGUCGAAGUCUUCCAUUGCAAAGAAAUUCUUCUUUACAAGAGGGAAGUCCAAGUAAGCAGAGACGAGGAUCACAAGCUCUUACAGUUUUGCCAGCUCCACCUAGUAUAGACAUGGUAAAAGCCAGCAUGCAACAUAUUUUACUACCUGAAGAAAUAUCUAAGAAAUAUCGUGAAGCUAUAGUACAUUAUAGUAAAUACCAAUACGCAGGUAUAAUUGAAACUGAAGCUAGUUUCAAAGCUACAAGAAUUUCAAUAGAACAGAACUGCACCUUACAAGCUGCAUCAUAUUUGAAUAAUGUUGUAUUGAUUAAUUUGCCUCUCAGUGAGCAAGAAAAAAUUGAUCGAUUUACUACAUUAUCAAAUUUAUAUACGAGCUUUGGUUUUGAUAGAAAAGCGUCAUUCUGUUUACGAUUGGCCGCCACUCGUCAUGUAUCCCAAAAUAAUCCUAAUCCGGACUGGCAACAAUGUUAUAAUUUGAUGUUGCAAGCUACAUCUGGAUUUAAAUUAUCUUUAGAUCCUGUUGAUAUACCACCAGAUGGACAAAGAGGAUGGCCAGCCAUACAGAUCCAAAUAAUAAAUGAACUUGUUGCUGCUGCAAAUCGAAUGGGUAAUCCGGCACUUGCUACAAGGCAUUUAACGUUUUUGCUCCAAACAAUGUACAAUCAUCUAAUGCUUACCGAACGGAAAGAUAUUGCAUUGCAGUUACAAAAUGUAUCUCAACAGUGCGAGGGUGCACCAGUCCCCCUAGUUUUAGAUUCUGGUACCGUCAUACCACCGGCUAAUUUAUUAAAUAUACCAAAAACAAAAUUGUUUACUCUGAAAAACAUGCAGCCGCACUUACAGCCUCAAAAAAUAAAAAGAAUAAAAGAAGAUCAUGGUCCAUUUUUAUUUACGCCAAUUAACUUCGGAUCAUUAGAGCGCAAGAAUACUUCAAAGAGUAAAGUUGAUUAUUUGUGGGUGGAAGGAGAUAUCUGUGAAGUGUCAAUGCAGCUCAUAAAUCCUUUACCAUUUGAAUUACACGUAUCUAACAUGAGACUUUUGACAAAUGGCAUAGUAUUUGAGUCGAUACCAGAGAGUAUUAGUCUGCCUGCUGAGUCUGGUCCGAUUGCGGUUACAUUAGCAGGCAGACCCAAGGAGGUUGGAGAUUUAGAAAUACUCGGAUUUAGCACUCACACAUUAGGAGUUAAAUCUAACUGUAGAUUGAGAUACAUGGAGGGUAUGUUACAUCCUCAAUAUACCGUCGAAGUCAUUCCAGCCUUACCAAGAAUCGAUGUCGCGACUAGUUUGCCUCAAACUGCCAGUUUCAGUUCCGGUGAUAAUAUAGUUACUAGCGCGAGUAUAUCACUUUAUGGCGGUGAGAGUGCUGAAUGUACCGUGACAAUAAUGAAUGCUGGACAAGUUUCUAUUGAAAUGGUUGAGUUAUCAGUACAGUCUACUUUGGAUGCUCUAACUGAAAGUAAAAUUUUUAAAUGGAGUGAUGAGAAUCUGAUGACACAAUUGCCUUUACAACCUGGCAGCAGUGCAAGUCUUACCUUAUAUCUGUACGCAGCAACAGAUUUUGUAGCACCUUCAAUUAGAAAUGGUAAUAUAGUUAAUUAUAUUGAACUCAGUCAACCAAGCAGUUUAAUAUCACAUUCAGGCCACAGUUCUUUGCCAUCUAGGCUUAGUUCUCCGUCUCAUCAUACGAAAAGACAAUCAGAGCUGACUUCUUCUUUUAGAUCAGGAAUAAGUUCACAUUCAGGUCAUUCUUCCUUAGCAAGCACGCGAUUGUCGAAACUUGCAGCACCUUUACAUACAUCUAACAUUAUUGAAGGUCAAUUAAGAAUUAAAUACUCAGGAGGUACAGGCUUGAUAAAUGGUUAUUGCAGAGUUUCAUCUGUUUUUAUAACUAUUGAGAUGCUACCUAGUGUACAGAUUACUAACUGGGACGUAUUGCCGGCUGAAACACCAGUGCAAUUUUAUCUUGUAUUGGACGUGUCAAAUAUGACGAAUCAUGAAAUGGAAUUACACUAUACACAAAGUAAAUGUAUAUAUAUGGAAGGUAAAGAACCAUGCAGAAUUCCUGUUCCAGUUGACCGAUGUCCACUUAAUAAAUUAUCUAUGUUAAAUGGUGCUGGUGAUAUAAGUGAACUCCAAAAAAUAUGUGCCGAACAUAUAGCUUCAUUGGUUGAUCUACGCUGGCAAUUAUUAGGUACUGAAUCGACAGGGAAAGCAACUCUCUCUGGUAUUACUCUAACUCAAGAUAUGUUGGAUCUAGUGAGAAUGAGUCCUCUUCAAUGGGAAAUAACUAUCAACGAUAUUAUUGUAAAAGCACAAGAGGAACUGUCAUGUGCUUUGGGUGAAUGCAUCAGCGUUGGUGUUGGAGUGUGCAAUGCUCUGGAACAUCCUCUGAGUGAUCUUACAUUGUCCAUUAAUUUCUAUCAGGACCAUCAUAACGGCGUUAACAAUUAUCAAUUAGAAACAAGGUUAUCCAUAGCUGGAGCAAAUAAAGUCGUGCUGCCUACUUUACAGGAAUACGGCAGAGCCUAUCAUGAAUGUCGCGUAGUAUUUUUCACUUCUGGUCAGUACAAAAUAGAUAUUCAAUGCAGUAGUAAAGAAUCCGCUCCAAAUUCUCCAAUACUUUAUUCGGAGCUUAUAAAUGCAGGGCAUACAUGGCGUUAUAUACCGCCCAUUGAAAUAACUGUCGACGAUUAUUAAUACUGAUAUAAAUAUAAAUCACUGUCAUCAGUAAAUUGUAAUAUUUGUAAAA